AUGAGAGGAUUGUGGAGGUUGGGAGGGAUUUGUGUUGGGCGGGUUGAAAUAUUUCCUCGGAACCGGAGGAAUCGGUGGCAGCUGUGGGACCGGAGGCGGUCUGGGGAUCGGAUCGGGUUUUAUCCGGUCCGGAGGAGGCAGGGUCGGGUUCGGGUGGCGGUGGGUUGUGAUAUGGGCUCGGGUUUUGGCUCGGGCUUGGGGCAAUUGCCUUUCGAGGCUUUGAUAUUGGAGCUGGUGCAGGCGUUGGAGUUGGGAUUGGACUUCCGGGCCCGGGACGUAGUGGGUCAUGAAACGGGCUCGGAUUUGGGCCCGUGCUUGGGCUUGGGCUUGGGCUUGGGCUUGGAUAAAAGUGAUGAAAAUAAUAAUACCGGACGAUGCCCGGCUGCUGAUGCUGCUAAACUCGUGCCUGAUGCAAUUUUCGCAAUGUAUUUGUCCGAAUACCUUAACAGUCAGUUUGAUGUCCCAGUUGUAUUUACUUCUGUUACAGAAAGAAGUAAAGGUAGUGGCAAUGGCACCGACUUUGCGGAGGUGGCGCAGGCGGGAAAGGUCCGAACUUGGGAUGGUGAAAGUAUUUUGGCGGGAUUUUCGGGAAAGGCGGGCAAGGCUUCUUCGUGAUUGGUGGGAUUGGAUAUAAGUGAAUUGGUGGUGGCAAUGGCUUAACAAUGAUUGGUGGCUUAUAAACCGGUGGCUUGUAAGUCGGUGAAUUUCCCACCGGUGACUUUCCCACUGGCGGCUUGUAAACCGGU